AUGGUUCCUCAGCCAUACGUAGUGAUGAAUGCCCAGCCCUACGUUAGGCCACAACAACAAUUCAAUCAAAAUCGAGCUCCAGUUCCCAGAAAUCAACCUCCUCGCCAAGCUCAGUAUAAUCCUCGACCGCCACAGAACAACUUCCCCUACAAUGCCCGUGCCCGAGAACCACCCAGGAUGGCAAACUUCACAUCCAUUGGUGAGUCAUAUUCCAGCCUUUUCCCCAAAUUUGUCCAGAUGGGUCUGUUGCAGCCCGUACCCCAAACCAGGCACAAUCUAGAAUCGCCCUCCUAUAGAGCUGGUACUCGAUGUGCUUACCAUUCAGGGGCGGAAGGGCAUGAUACAGACGACUGUUGGACCCUGAAAAGGGCUGUGGAAAAUCUCAUAGAACAAAAGCGAAUAGUGCUAAAGGACGAAGACGUUCCUAAUGUAACCAACAAUCCAUUACCUACUCACAACAACGGGCCGAUUAUUGGAAUGAUUUGUGAAGAUAAAGAGUUUCACCUAGCUCUAAAAGCUAUCAUUGCCAUAGCCGAUGUGGAAAAGAAGUCAAAGGCUGCCGUAAAACAAGACAAGGGGGAGAAGAAGAGUAAACCCACCCCUCAAAAUACAGAAAAGAAAGUGGAAACCGAAACUGGGGAAGCGCCCUCAAAAGAUGCCAUUCUUUAUGUUCCCCGAGGUCACAAAAAAGAACAAAUGUCAUUGAGCCCUCCAAGAAGGUUUGAGCUAAACAAGGGAUCUAAAAUGUACGUGCCUAAAGGGACCUAUGUGGUACGGGGGCCAGCUGUAGUGACUUACAAAGGAAAAGAAGUCCUGGGAGAAACAAAUGAAACUAACCCGGCCGAGAAAUACCUCAAUCUGGAAGAAGUGAAUAAUGCCACGAAGAAACGCUUCCCGAUCAAGAAACCAGUUAGUGCCGAAGAGGCAGAAGAGUUCUUCCAAAAAAUGAAAACGGCAGACUACGAGAUAGUUGACCAACUCCGCAAGUCCCCUGCUCAGGUCUCUUUGUUGUCUCUGUUAAUGAAUUCAACUGAGCAUCAGAAGGUGUUGAUCAAAACCCUCAAUGAAGCUUAUGUUCUGAUUGAAACCACUGUGGAACAAUUGGAAAGGAUGGCAGAAAGAUUUUUCGCAAUCAAUCAGAUCUCUUUCAGCAAGAAUGAUUUGCCUCCGGAAGGGGCCGCCCACAACAAAGCCCUUCAUCUGACAGUUAAAUGUGAGGGUUACUAUGUGAAGAGAGUCAUGUUGGAUGGUGGGUCCGGAGUAGAUAUUGCCCUCUCUCAACUCUGCAAAGAAUGGAGAUCGGUACUGAGAGAAUCAGGCCCAACAACACCUUGGAUUCACACAGCAGGGGCUGUACCUUCCACUCUCCACCAGAUGGUGAAAUUUGAACAUGAGGAUCAAGAGAUUGUAGUCCAUGGAGAGGACGAGCAGCCGAUUUACCAGGACCCGUCAGUCCCAUGUCUCGAAGCUAGGGAAGGAAGUGAACAUAUAGUCUAUCAAGCUUUCGAGGUUGUGGUCGCAGACCAUUGUGAAGAAGGAAACCCUUGUCCUCAACCAUUUCUCUCAAAUGCGUCAAUUAUGGUUGCCAAGGAAAUGAUCAGGCAUGGUUAUAAACCCGAAGGGGCUCGGGACAUCAUUGCAAGGAAUCAUUGA